AUAAUCAUCCUUCAAUUAUUCAGAAAACUUUACUCAUCGCACGUCCCGACCGAAAAUCUUCCGUAAUACGUACGGAGUGGUUCAUUCAUCACAUUCUUUACCACUGUGCGCUUUUUUUUAUGAUACUCACAUUAUUACUCCGCAUAACAAAAUGAGCUCAUCAAACCCCCCGCCUUCUCACCAAGGGAGACCUCAACCUCAAGUUCAAGCAUGUCGAUACAAGACGGGAAAGACGCUGGGCGCAGGAUCAUACUCGGUCGUCAAAGAAUGUGUGCACAUUGAUACUGGCAGAUAUUAUGCCGCCAAGGUCAUUAAUAAAAGACUGAUGGCAGGCAGAGAACAUAUGGUAAUUCCUUCCUUACCCCUCAAUCGACACAUGGCCAAUAUACUGACAUGGCUCUGGUAGGUUCGGAAUGAAAUCGCUGUACUCAAACGUGUUUCCAUGGGACAUCAGAACAUCCUUACCUUGGUGGAUUACUUCGAAACGCUCAAUAAUUUAUAUCUUGUUACCGACUUGGCCCUAGGUGGAGAAUUAUUCGAUCGCAUUUGUCGAAAAGGUUCUUACUUUGAAUCCGAUGCUGCUGAUCUCAUCAGAGCAACCCUUUCCGCUGUAGCUUACCUCCACGAUCAUGGCAUCGUCCAUAGGGAUCUCAAACCCGAAAACUUAUUGUUUCGCACCCCCGAAGAUAAUGCCGAUUUAUUGAUUGCAGAUUUUGGUUUGAGCAGAAUAAUGGACGAGGAACAAUUCCACGUUUUGACCACCACUUGCGGUACCCCAGGUUACAUGGCACCUGAAAUCUUUAAAAAGACAGGCCACGGAAAACCAGUAGAUAUAUGGGCAAUUGGUGUCAUUACGUAUUUCUUAUUAUGUGGAUAUACACCCUUCGAUAGAGAUUCUAAUUUGGAGGAAAUGCAAGCUAUUCUCAUAGCCGAUUACAGUUUCACACCUAUUGAAUAUUGGCGAGGUGUAAGUCGAGGAGCUCGAGAGUUCAUCAAGAAAUGCCUUACAAUAGAUCCUACACAAAGAAUGACUGCCCACGAAGCAUUGUCACAUCCUUUCGUCACCGGAGAGUCAGUGUCAAAAGAUGGUAAAGGUAGCGAUUUACUUCCUGUGGUCAAGAAGAAUUUCAAUGCCAGACGAACUCUUCACGCUGCUAUCGAUACGGUGCGCGCUAUUAAUAAACUUCGCGAAGGUCAGGCUGGCAUGAUGGAUGGUGCGAAAUCUAUGGAUCCGGAACGUGGCGCUAAGCCUUUGAGUACGGUUAGUAAAGACUCCGGGUUAGGUGGGAUGGGAACAGGGGAUGGAGAUAGUGCCACGGACAUUGAUUCGGGGUAUGGUACCGUCGGUGCAAAUAAUGACGAGCGUGAAAACUUUAUGAGGGGUUUGGAGAGAACUUCUGGUCAUGGCCAAACGGAAGCACAGAUCGAGGCGCAGACCAGGAAAAUUGCAGAAACGACAAAGGGUUUAUGGUGUGCAGGAACGGCACAACUUUCAGGAAGAUGAUGAUCAUGAAAAGCACUUGAUAUUCCAACUUCGAUUCUUCUUCCUUCCCUUGGCUCUGCGAGUACCCUUUACCUUUUUUUUCAUCUUCUACUCAAGUUGCACUGGUCGAUGCAGCGUUUUACGAGCAUGUUUUAUUUUUCUCAUGGCGUUUAAAGUCCACUCAUUUUCGAAAUGAGGAUUUGAAGUAUUUUUUGAGCAGCGUUGGGUUGGGAAUCUGCGGUCGCGUAAGGCGGAUGACAUAUGAGACAGAUGAGCCAGAAACUCCCGGAAAUCUAGGGAUGUGCUGAGAAAGCUGUAGAUUUCUUAAUGACAGGAUACAUUUCAAAUAUGACAUGAUACC